AUGUCUCUCCAGCCCUCAAUUUUGAAGGACCUGACCACCAUGGGCUCUGGUGUUGUGGCUGCAGAAUUGGCUGCUCAAGAAGAGGGAUUGAUUUCAAAACAGAAUCUUCGCUCCCAUUCUUACGGGGCACUUCUUGAUGGCGAAGAAGCAGCUAAUGACGAGGAAGAUGCUUCCCUGCCUGAUAAUUAUGCUCUUCCUCGCUUCAAAUUGUAUACGGUAAUCCUGAGUUUGUUUAUGGCCGCGUUUCUCGCAGCCUUGGAUACCACCGUGGUGACUACGUUAUUGACGGUGAUUGCAUCGGACUUGAAUGCCAUUGCUAAUAUCUCUUGGAUAGCCACGGCGUACCUUCUUUCAUGUGCUGCGUUCCAGCCUCUUUUUGGCAAGCUUUCCGACAUUUUUGGCCGGAAAAUUCUUCUUUUGUUGUGCUGCUUUUUCUUCGCUGUGGGGUGUCUUAUUUGCGUCACCGAUUCUCUCGCCAUGCUUGUUUUGGGAAGAUUCAUCACCGGAUGGGGAGGCUCCGGACUCACCACAUUGGGAACCAUCACCCUCUCAGACUUGAUUCCACUUCGUGACCGAGGUUUAUACCAGGGUAUGGCUAACAUUUUUUUCGGCUUGGGUGCUGCGUUUGGAGGUAUUUUUGGAGGAAUUGUAGCCGACUGGUUGGGAUGGCGGUACGUUUUUUUGUUGCAAACUCCGCUUGCUGGAGCUGUUGGUUUGGCUCUUUGGUGGAAUUUGCAACUCCCAGAAGGUUCUCCAGGGUUGGGUGCCAAAGGUGAUAUUCGCGAUAAGUUGAAGCGAGUGGAUUUCCAGGGUUCAUUUUUCUUGGUUUCUGCCUUGAUGUGUAUCAUGGCUGCUGCCUCGUUUGGAGGCGACGUAUUGGCAUAUUCGCUGCCUUACUUUAUUGGCUUAUGCGUGGUUUCGUUGGUAUUUCUUGCUGCGUUUGUCUACACAGAACUCUAUGUCAGUGACGAGCCCAUUUUACCAAUUGAACUUUUGACAGAGAGAACUAUUUUAUCUUCUUCAUUGACCAACUGGUUCGUCACUAUGGGAGUUUUCGCUAACUUGUUCUACGUGCCUGUUUUCUUCACUUCCGUCAUGGGUUAUUCAGCCACCCAGAGCGGCAUGCGGAUGAUUCCCAAUUUUAUCGGAGUUUCUGUCGGCUCCGUGGGCGCUGGACUAGUCAUGAAACACACCGGACGCUACUACCGCCUCAAUGUCGGUGCUGGCUUCUUGACGGUUUUGGGUGCAAUUUUGAUAGUGACAGUCCCUGCUGAUGCUUCCAUUCUUCGCCAGUAUAGUCUUUUUGCACCUUCAGGUUUGGGAUAUUCGUGUAUUUUGACAGUGACAUUGUUGGCAUUGAUCGCGGCUGUGCCCAUGAAGUACCAAGCGUGCACUACUUCCAUCCAGUAUACUUUCAGAUCCACCGGAUCGACAUUGGGAGUUUCAAUUGCGAGUGCGAUUUUCCAGCUGAUUUUGCGUUCCAACUUGAAUUCAAAAGUAUCGCUGGUUGUUUCUGAUGCGAAAACCGCCCAUAAGAUCAUAAAAAAGGCACUUGAGAACACCAACUACGUGAAUAAGGCUCCCUUGGUGGCCCAAAAGGCUAUCUUAGAAUCAUAUUAUGCAGCAUGCAAAGGCGCUUUUGGGUUCUCUGUCACAGUCAUUACCAUCGGAGUUUUUUGCAGCUGGUUCAUGAAAGAGCACAAAUUGCAUAGCAGCUUAGAUAGAGAGUGA